CAGCUCUCGGUGAACUGCCAAGAUGCCGAGUCCAAGUGCUCACCUAAAUAAAUCGUCAGUGAAGAGACUGAUCAUGGAUGCCCGGUCAAAAUGUGAACAGACGUUAUCACAUCGACAAAGCGCGAUACCCCUGUGCAGCCAUCCUCCCCGGAGCAAGGGUGCUCACAACCUGGUAUAUGAAUUCAUACGUUGCUUGAAAGUCCUCAUUGAUGAGACAUUCCUUUGAAUUUUUACCUAGACUGGGGAAUUCCUCAGCACGCAUUAUACCGUCUUGUAUUUCUUCUUGAUCAACAAAAAUCAUCGGGAUAUGGAGGUUGCAUGGAGAGAGGCGAGGGUGGAGAAGCGAAGUGGAGGAGAAGACGGACGCUUUACUGAGAAGGCAAAGACAUGGUACGAAAAUGGUUCAGGCUCAUUUAGGAUGGUGAGCGUGGAUUGGCCAUUGAGAGACCCUUGUGUCGUAAUUCAGUGAAGGUGUCGAAGCCUCGAAGGUAGGAUUUUGGUUAUCCAAUUUGAUGGGUGAGACUCAAUAGACUUGAACAUUUGAGGGGCUCCAUCCUUUUUGUUAAAGUCAACGACCCCCCACUCUCUACCCGCACCCACGUUCCCCAGACCAAGCUCCGUCUUUUCUUCAGUUCCGUCCCGUCCAUCCCACGCUUUGCUCUGCAAAUGAAGCUUUUGGUAAAGCGACUACACUUGCAGUCCAGUACCUGUACUUGCUUCUUCUGGUAUUCGAGACCCUUUGAUAUCUCGAGUACUGCGUUGUUUUGCUUUUGCUGAGCGUGCCUGAACUCUUGUUACUGUUUCUUAUUUGUGGUGUGAGCCCGUUUCAUCUCUGUUCCUGGUUAUCUCAGCCAGAAAAGUCACUCAACUCAGGCUGUAACUUUGUCGAGUACCUCGCUUUCAUCCUGUUGUUCCGUCUUCUGUUUCUCUCUUCUCUCACAACCCCUCGGCUUCCAGCAUCCUUCUGUCACACUUGUGUUGCAUUCGUUGCACAUCUGCGAACCUCAUCUCAAGGUCGGUAAUUAUAUAACUUUCUCUACUCAUUCUUUCUCUAUUCACGUCUCAUCUGCCCCUCUGCAUCCUCAUCCUUGACCGGCGCCACUUCAGACAGCAAGGACCACACUUGGGCACGUCUACUUGUACCACGAAAUCACCACAUGCUUCGAAUCGGAUCAUUGCAUGUGAGCCACGAGAAAAACAUGGAAUUGUCGUUGUCUACCACUGGUUAGAUCAUAUCCAAUACUGGGCCCAACCCCUUUGUCUCCGUCCCUGCCGUAUGUCGUUCGACUCUGCUCUGCCUGCCGGACGACGAUGAAUUAUACCUUCUCGAAACACUUGUUCAAGGAUGAUCCUGUCCAUCAUCAGUCAAAUCUUCCGUGUUCCUGUCGAACGUUACACAUAAAUAAGCAACGACCUCAAGUCAACUCCGUCAUCUAGACAAGCCUGGUCACCUUAUACAAAAGGAAGAAGCCUCACCCGGCGCCGCAACAACGCCUCGACCACUAUCAUGUCUGAAUCUUAUCUUCUCUCCACUUCACAAGAUAUACAGGCCAGCAAUACGACAACUCACAACGUUUAAAUGACCAACUUUAAGAUGGUCUCUCGGCAUCACCCCGUAUCCAGUCCUCAGUCAUGGUCCCACAUCCCGGCCUUCCCCAAGCUGGCCCGUCUUUCUUUGAUCCACAUCAAUCAAUAGCAUCCUCCAUAUUAGCCGCAAAAACACGCGACACUCAUUGUCUUUCGCUGCUAACAUUAAGGGACCAGUCCAGCUCCAAAUUGACCCCAUUAGCUUGGCUCCAAGAUCAAGUCUGAUUUUUUUUUUUUUUUUUUUUUCAUUUUAUCGCGUGCCGACCUUUUGUUGUUUGCGACUCUUGGCCGUACAAGUCACGCCAGCUCGACGACAUCGAUUUCCGUUUCGGUCAUGCGUUGAUUGCAAUAUCCUAUCAUUGCGUAGGGGUCCUAGAAGUAAUUAUACGAUUUAAUUCCGUCCAGUCCCACCUUCGCGAACCCCGGCCAUCACGACCCCGCUAUCCUCGGUGACAGACCCAACUGCCACGCUUUGCGACUCUAGCGAUUACCAACCGUCAUCCUCGAGCCUUCGCCUACCACUGCCUGGCUGGUGGAUUCUUAGCCCGUCGCUUUAUAGCACGGCUCGACUUGCCUGAGUCUGUUUCCCAACAUAAAUAUCGCAUCGCUUUCACUUCAUAGGCUUCCUAUUCGGACAUUGGGUAUGGCCUCCGUUAUAACAAAUAACGUGAAACCGACCCUUCCCAUAUCCCCGGUCAGCUCCGGCGCAAUGGGAGCUCAAAAUAUAUCGCCUCGCGACACUUCGGAUCCUACAGGUCGCGGCCGACGAAGAAGUCGCUCACCCGCAGAUGACGGCGCGGACCAGGUUAUAAAAUCAGAAGGAAACCAAGAUGGACCAAAUGGCGCAUCUUCCAACUCCGACGGCCCUGGCCCUGCCAGAAAACGAAGACGGAGCCGAAAGGGCCUGGACAAGAGGUUUGAGUGUAGUGCCGAAGGGUGUGGGAAGAGCUAUUCAAGAGCGGAACAUCUGUACCGGCAUCAGCUUAACCACAACUCUAAACAGACCUACCACUGUACUUUUCCUAACUGCACGCGGACUUUUGUCAGAGGAGAUCUUCUCAAAAGGCAUAUGGACCGACAUGCUGCGAAGGGCUCGCAACUCAACCAGAGAGAUUCUAUCAUGGCACAAUCCAUAGCUCCGGGUCAAUCAAACCAACAAGUUCAACCUCCUAAUUUCAGUCGGAAUAAUUCUAUCGAUUACUCAAAGCACCAGCAAACGAAUAUGCCUUAUCAAACACCACAGGUUCAAACACCUAACCCAUAUUCGCCCAUGAACAAUACUCCAACAGGCAUGUACCCAAACGGAGCUAUGCCAAAUGGAAUGGAUAGUUACAUGUCCCCGACCCAGGGUUAUGAUAAUCGUACGCCGCAACUCAGCCAACCACAAUCUCCUUCAAUUCAGCAGAGGCCGUCUAUGUCUGCCGGCAAUACACCAUUCAACAUGAUGUCUCCAAUUGCGAAUCAGCAAGGGUUCCCAAAUCAACAGAAUAUGUCGCAGAAUAAUUUUGUCAGCCAGCAAAACGUUAUGCCUAUGACCCUACCUCCGGCUCAGUAUCCCAACGGACAAAAUGCUACCGUAGUUACUUCAGCGGAAUAUUCAGAGCCAGGAACCACGCAGCCUAGCGAGAUGAUGAUGCUGGAUCAGAUGGCUAUGCCGGCAACUGUUCCUGUCUUCGGAGAGGGAGGUGAUAUGAACAAGUCACCCUACGUUGGGAUGCCGGAGGACUUUAUGGCUUACCUCUUCAACUCCCCCAGUCAAGCCAUGACACCAGUGAUGGGCCCGAACUACACGAAUUAUGCGGAAUUGCAAGGAAAUCAAUUUAAUAUGAAUCUUCUGGGUACAGAUAGCAAUUCACUUGGAUACUUUCCAAGCGCUCCUCAGCAGGUAAUGGCUGUCAACAACCUUCUUGAUCAACAGGUUCCGGAAGCCACGAUAUCUGAGGAAAAGAGUCAAGAGCUAUUCGACUUUAUCAAAGAACGCUUCCAUGACAACAAGCAUGCUCCACCUGAUCGUCAAUGGGCCGACCUGCUUGAAGGUGAUCGAUCAAAUGGCGAGCAUAUGUUGAGUAAGAGGAUGAUGCAGGCUUACAUCGGUUCUUAUUGGUAUCAUUUCAGCGAUCAGAUGCCUAUUCUUCACAAGCCUACUUUCUCUCCUGACAAGACACCGAACUUAUUGCUCCUCGCGAUGAUGGCCAUCGGAGGGGCUUGUCUCGACAGGACCCAUGGACACAAUGUGACAAGAGCAAGCGCCCAGCUCUCCAACUUUCUUGCCUGGCAUCUUCGUUGGGACAUCUUCAUGGACGUCAACUUCAGGCCGCCUGCUAAGCUGUGGAUUUUCCAAGCUUUGAUUCUCCUGGAAUUAUACGAGAAGAUGUUUGCGACAAGAGAACUCCACGAACGGGCCCACAUUCACCAUGCGACCACUAUCACUCUCAUGCGACGAGGACGAUCUCUGAUCGGCAAAUCUGCACUGGACUCUCCGCCGAACCCUCGUGAUGCAUCCAAUGGGUCUCGGCAGUCCUCCACGUCCAGCUCGACAGGAACAGCUGAUAAAUGGUGGGAGCAUUGGGUUACAAACGAGGCGACCCGGCGUGCAGCAUUCGCGGCUUUCAUUGUUGAUUCAAUUCAUGCUACGAUGUUUGGUCAUUCGGCAGUCAUGGUAGCUCAUGAAAUGCGACUGCCUCUUCCUUGUGACGAAUCUAUGUGGCGAGCCGGAAGCAGUUCUGAAGUUUGGAGGAUUGAGUCAAACUUAAUGUCAAAUGGCAUCAAGCCAACUUCAUUCCUGGAGGGUCUCAAGAGAACUUUGAGUGGUCAGGAUGUCCACACGACAUCAUUCGGUAGAACGGUGCUCAUGACAGGCCUGUUGAGCGUCUCAUGGCACAUGCACCAGCGGGAUCUUCAGGUCAAUGUCCUGGGCGGCGGCAUCAUCCAGGCUCUUGGUGGUCGUGAUCGAUGGCGGGCUACUCUCACUCGAGCAUACGAUACUUGGAAAGCUGAUUUUGACAAGCAUCUUGAACGAAGCGAAGCCGCUGACCCAUAUCGAGACGACGCUACUAAAAGGCAGGAGUUCAACGUCGUAUUUGAAAGUCGCACGGUUUUGCACCAUUUGGCACACAUGGCCAUGCAUGCUGAUAUCGUGGAUUGCCAAAUGUUUGCACGAGCAAAGCGUCUACUUGGUCGAACGAUUGGGCCUCAAGAGUUUAAUAGUGCUCAAAGGCGAAUCAAAGACCACUGGGCUCACUCCGCGAGGGCGAGAGAUGCAGCCUUUUACGCUAUCAAGUUCCUCUGCUCAGUACUUGCUCCAGAUCAAGUAUCUGCAGCACAUGCGGGCGGAUACCACCUCGAUGAGCCUUACGACGCCCGCGACGAUGUUCUCUUGAACCGGCCUUGGGUGAUGUACUUCGCCGCCCUGGUUGUUUGGAGUUAUGGAUUCGCGCUCGAGGGACCUUGUCCCAAUAUUCCGCUACCUACCACAAGGCACGAGAAGCUGCAGCAUAUGAGGAACUAUUUUAUCAAAUUCGGUGGCAUCGACAGUCCCGGUGCACUACAAGGUCGAUCAGGGGUCAACGCGAAUACAGCCCUUCUCAUGGUCCUCAAAGACACGUUUCAGACAACACGUUGGGAAUUGCUUCAUGAAGGAUCAGCUCUUUUAAGCAAUUGCAUUAUCCUCAAUCAAGGCGGAACAAUUGACUAAGAUGACGGUGCUCAGUUCCCUGUUUCAAGCAGGCGUAAAAAUGUGUGGAAGUUGCACGAGUUGCUGGGCUAUGCCUAUGAGGGCAAGGGAACGACAUUCCUCCGCCCUUUGAAGGAGGAUGAAUAGCAUUUACGACGGAUAUAAAAGGAUAUUGGCGCAUGGAUACAGAGGGUUUACAAUUGGUAUGAGAUAUGAUGGAUUCAGAACGGCAUGGUUUACUUAGAUGGAGUAUGUGGCUUCUUGCUUUUGCACUUUAGAAUACCCCAGUGUCGUUUUGCACAAUAUGAUGGUUUUCAAGCGGAAUGUCCUAAGAAGGGAAUUGCUCCAAUUGUUUGUGUAAAAUCAAGGUAUGGGUGAACGGGUUCGUCAACUCCUGAGAUAUUGUCCACUCCAAAUUCGAACGCCGUUAUAUCAAAAUCAAUCAGUUCAGAGUAUGGGGAUUUGCGAGGCUCUCUUCUAAAGGCAAGUUCGCAUCGUGAAGGAGAGCCGUCAGUUCCUCUCCUGCUGCACCCUCCAUCUCUUCGUCUUCAUCAUCCUCAUCCUCGUCAUCUUCGCCAGUGUACGGCAUUUCUCCCUCCGGAUCAGUCUCAGAGUCUAUGUCGAUCAGAGCGCCGUAUGGCAAGAAGAAGUCGUUUGGCAGAAGGUCGUCCUCCAUGUUUGCGACUUGCGCGAGGGUCGCGCCCUUCCAGAAGGCUGUGGGACCGGCAGGUCCGUGAACA